GUUGGAUUAAGUGUUGAGCUUGCCAAAGUGCCAUCGAGCCUAACCUUUCCGCCACAGUCAUGGAGGUGAAUUUUGGCAUCCAUCAAGAUGUGUGGCAGGAUGCAUGGAUUGCGGCCACGACAGCUGUUCGGGCUAGGAAGCGUCAGAUCGACUUGAACGUGCAGGAGCGUGUACGGCGGCUCUUGUCCGAUUUUGGACCUCAGACAGGAAAGGCAUUGAGCUUGCGAGUCUAUGGGACCAUGAUCAAGGGUUUUUGCGUGAUUAACAAUGACCGGGCCAAAAUCUUGCACAGCGACUGUGAGCGAAUGGUCUUGCUCUUUGCCGAACAGCCCUACUCAGAGCCGGUGAUGAAGUUGCCUGCUGCGAAGAGGCAGCGGGUGGAUGCAUUGACCUUGGACCUCACACGUGUCCACGCGGCAGAGGCCUUUGAUUGGACAGCCACACCCUUGGAGAUGCUAACUUUGGAGGUGGAGCGCCUCCCUGAACCACCGGACAGCUCUGAUUGGGCCGUCGCAGUGCCAGCGCUGGACGAAGCGGCGGGCUCGCUGCUGGUCACGAACUUCUUCCCCGAGCAGCCGAUGCCUGCAGAGCCGCAGACGGAGAUGCACGAGCCGCCACCCGCGCAAGUGGAGGUGCCAGGCGGACAGCCCGGGUCAGCGCUUGAGAUGGCAGAGCCUGACAUGGAUAAUGCUUUGGAGCGGCUCGAGCCUCGAAGGCCCAAACGGAGGCGCCGACUUCCGAUCCCCGGACAUGUCCUGGGCGUGGACGAGACCAUGGAGCUGCCAGAAGCUCACGUCGAGGUCGGAGCCUUGACCUCCAAGAUGUUAACCACCUACUCCGAAGAGCUUCUUGAGAG